AUGGACCCCGCAGACCCCGUUAAAGCAGCUCUGGGAAAACAGGGUGCAAUUAUUGCCGAACACACCAAUGCUUUGCGGUUUCUAGGUGAACAGCAGGCUAUUACUAAUCAGCGUCUUGAGCAUCUUAACAAGUUACUCGAGGCUGCGCCAGUUUCCUCCUCGGUUUCCCCGGCCUUAUCCGCUCCUUCUCCAGUUCCGGGUGAGGGAGCGGCUUCUGCGAAUGUAACCACCAACACGGUCGCUGCAGCGGCAGUGUUCUGGGAUGCCGCACCGCCCUCUCCUGAGCCUUUCAAGGGAGAGGAUCUCGCAGAACAUAAGGUUCAUGUCCGCCAAGUACUACAGAGGCUACUGGAGAAUCGUGUGUACGUGAAAGCUGAAAAGUGUGAGUUCCAUGUGCCUUCCAUUGCAUUCCUCGGCUACAUUUUUGAGGGUGGGCAGGUGAAGACGCACCCAGAAAAAAUCAAGGCAGUGGCGGAAUGGCCGAGGCCAAAUACUCGCAAACAACUACAGCGCUUCUUGGGAUUUGCAAACUUUUACCGGAGGUUCAUCAGGAAUUACAGCCAGCCUCGGUCAGAGUUACAGUUUGUGGUUGAAGUGGAUGCUUCUAGCUCUGGGGUGGGUGCGGUGUUGUCCCAACGAACUGGUCCUGAGGGUACAAGAAAUGUUAAACCAGAUGCCCUGUCUCGUCAGUUUGCUCCCAAGGGGGACUCUACAGAUGUGGCUCCCAUUCUGCCCUCUACGUGCACGGUUGGUGGUCUUUCUUGGGAGGUGGAGGAUGCUAUUCAGCAGGGCCUUCAGGCGGCCGAGACUACAACAACCACUGAAAACUCAACAACCACAGCUGCCGAGACAACGACCACAGCGGACGAUACAACAACCACAGCUGCCGAGACUACAACCACAGCUGCAGACACAACGACCACAGGGGCUGAGACCAAAAACACAGUGGCUGAGACAACAACCACAGCGGCCGAGACAACAACCACAGCGGCCGAGACUACAACAACAGCAGCUGAGACUACAACCACAGCUUCAGACAAAACAACUACGCCGGCAGACACAACGACCACAGCGGCGGAAAUUAAAACCACAGCGGCCGAGACAACAACCACAGUGGCCGAGACCACAACAACCACAGUGGCAGACACAACAACCACAGCUGCAGACACUGUAACCACAGUGGCGGAGACUGCAACCACAGCUGCGGAGACUACAACCACAGCAGCCAAGACUACAUCCACAUCUGCCAACACCAUAACCACAUCUGUCGAGACUACAACAACAGCGGCCGACACUACAACAAUAGCAGCCGAGACCACAACCACAUCUGCCGGGAGCACAACCACAUCUGCCGGGACCACAAGCACAGCUGCAGACACAACAGCCACAGCGGCCAAAACUACAACCACAGCAGCCAAAACUACAACCACAGCGGCCAAAACCUCAACCACAGUGGCCGAAACUACAACCACAGCGGCCGACACUACCACCAUAACUGUCAACACCACUACCACAGCCACCGAGACUACAACCACAGCUUCCGUCUCAACAACUACAGCUCCCGAAAUAACAACAGCAGCCAAUACAAGCACAGCUGCCGUGUCAACAACCACAGCUGCCAUAACAAUAACAACUUCCAUAACAGCAAAUACAUUUGCUGAAACAACAACCUCAGCAUCCGAAACAGCAACUACAGCUCCUAAAAUAACAACCGCAGUGGCCAAAACAAUAAUCACAGCUUCUGAGACUACAAGUACAGUGGCUGAGACUACAACAACACCUGCCAGAAUCACAACCACAGCAGUCUCUCCAACCACAGUAGCUGACUCAACAACCACAGUGACCAAGAUAACGACCAUAGGGGUCGAGACAACAACCAAAGCAGCAGCAAUAACCAGAGCUACUACAAAGAGAUACGUCAUCUUCAGAUCCCUUCAGAGCAGUUUUACAGAGGACUUGUUGAAUCAAUCAUCUGCAGCCUUCAACAGUCGAUCUUCUUCAAUAAAGGAACAGAUUGAACCUGCUUACAGGCUUGCGUUCCCUUCUGUCUUUGUCUCUCUGGCCGUGGUGGCGUUCAGGCAGGGAUCAGUCGUCAACACCAUGGAACUCCAGUUUGUAAACUCAUCUGUUCCUAAUGACACUCAGAUCAAGGAUGUUUUGAUUAGUAUGACUUUAAAAGUCAAGGGCUUUGACAUAGAAAAUUCAACCAUUUCAGUCAGUGACACAUCUGCAGCAACAACUACCACAGUUACCCCAUCAACAACCACACCGGCAGAAACAGCCAUCACACCUGCAGGAACAAAUACCACAGCAGCUCCAACCACUAUGACAACUGAGAAAACAACUACUGCACCUGUUCAAGUUUUUCUGUUUUUACAGUUCCUUGAACCAUAUGUACCUGAACUCAAUGACCCCAGCAGCAGUGUGUACAAAGAUCGCGAAAGACGGGUUAAAGAGACGUGUGAUAGAGUAUACCACCCAAAAUUUCCUUACUACAUUGGUGCCAUUCUGAUUAAGUUCAGUGUUGUUACAGUCCAAACACGAGUGGAUAGAACUGAGGCAAAGGUGGAGCUUGUGUUCAAUCAAACAGCUCCCAAUGCAAAAGUCCCAGAGAAGAAUGUCAUUGUUCAGACUUUAAAAGAUGCUAUUCAGAAUUCCAGCAUCAAUUUCACCAUCACCAUAUUUCCUGACACAGUAUCAGUAACUUCUGUUCCUGUCAAUGUCACGACUGCUGCACCAGCAACUACCAAUUCCACGACUGCUGCACCAGCAACUACCAAUUCCACGACUGCUGCACCAGCAACUACCAAUUCCAUGACUGCUGCACCAACAACUGCCAGUUCCACUAUGGUUGCACCUACAGCUUCCCUACCUGCAACUGCUAUAUCUGCAUCAACUGCAACUUCGGGUGGAGCACCUCACAAGAUUAGUCCCAGCACUGCUUUCAUCUUGGUGCUGUUGUUAUGGCUUCUACCAAGUCAGUAAUAGUAUCUGUGCUGUUUCCAUGUGGAUGACCAAGCAAACAACUCUGCCAAGUUGAACUCUUUCACUGAUAUAAAAAAAGGGAUUUGAGGUACUUUAAGAUAUUCCCAUCCAGUUUUUUUCUACUGGGUAAAGCAAAAUCCUGAUGACUUACAUGUGUUAAGGCGUGUUUUUUUGCUUGUGAAGGAAUGAGUCAGAAACACUUUAGCCCUCAUGCAAAAGAAUUUAUAUAUAUAUUGAAGAAUCAGAAAAAUCACAUGUACAUGGAUCCUCUCAGCUCGGAAAAUCGCAGUCUGCAAGCAGUUAGCUGCAACCAACCUUACUGAGAAGAGUACUUCCUCUAAGCUAACCUAACUUUUUAUUUCACUGCUACUCCACAACCCUAUUGGUUCAAAAAGGCAUCACCAGCUGAGCUAAUGCACAUGAUCCCACCCAAUUGUCAGGUAACAUCCCCCUUAACUUACCAUCCCCACAUAGCCACCAGCAAGGGCGUAACUUUGGGUCCAACAUUGGGGGGAUUAAGCUCUCUGCCUAUUUAUCUAUUUAUUUAUUAAAUCGUUUACUUUUCUAAAAGGAUUCAGGAGAUUUUGGGUUAAUUAGAAAUGUAUUAGA